AUGGAUGCGAGUAUAUCUUUGCCUCCCGAAAUUGAUUUGAUCGUUCUAUCACGUGACGAUAUUAGCAUUGAGGAUGCCAUAAAUUUGUCCACGUGCGAACAAUUUCAACAUCUAAUAUCAAGCAAUAACACGUGUUCUACUGCGAGGAAAAAAUAUAACAUAAAGAAAGAGAGCAAAAAGUUAGAAGAAACAGAUUUUGAAAAAAAAAUAAGAAUAAGUAUGAACUACAUUAAACAACUGCAGCGUUAUGUGUCCCUGAUGUCGAAUAAUAACUUAACACAAUACAAAAAAAAUAAAUUCGAACGUCUUCUGCGUUCUAUAGCUGAAGAUUUAAUGAUAUAUUACUUUGUUUUGAAUGAACUGAGUAGAAUUAUUUCUGAACAGCAACGCAAGUGCAACAUGACAAAUAGGUAUUAUUUGGGUCUAAUAUCCCACUAUCUAAAACAAUAUCGAUUUACGUACAAGCUUAUUAAAUUUUUAAAUAUGCCGAAGGAAAAGCAGCUUUUAGAACAUCUGCUUACUCUUGUAGCACAAUAUUUUGAACCACAUAUCUCUUAUUCCGUCAUAAGAAUGUGGUUCGAUGAUAUCGCUGAAAAAAUACGACAACAUUAUUAUGCGCUAUGCGAGAACAUAUAG